AUGUCCGACGUCGACUUGACCGUCUAUUUCCAGUCCAGCUGGGCUAUUCUCAGUACCAUUGGAAUAGGAAAUGUUCUCUUCGGCCUAACAGUUAUUGGCAUCACCAGCCUCUCGGCCGUCUCCCUCAUCCCCAUCGUCGUGUCCGCCGCGGGAGCCAUUGCAAAUGGGCUGUGUUACUAUUACAAUUUUGGUGACUAUCCUGUCGUCAACUCGGCCGCCGCUUCGGCGGUUGCAGACAUCAUGUGGAUGGUUCAAGAGGCGGGCAUUUCUUUCUACAGUUACGCCAUCUUGGUGCGCAUACUGCGCAACCGCGACCGCUUGGUCUUCAUUGCCAUAUUCUGGUUCCUCAUCAUUGUCAUUUUUGUCCUCAGAAUCUUCAUCCUCAUUUCUCGGGUCAGGGUCAUUCUCGCUGGUCGAGCAAUCUUAAGGACCACCAUAAACGGGCUCCACAUCGGCUACUUCGUCUCCAUUGCCCUAGUAGAAUGCCUCAGCGCCUACUUCCUGUUGAAGAAGUUUACGACGGCCAAGAAGAUCUCCCAGGAGGUUUCCUUGAGGUCUACCCUCUUCCAGCAUCUCAUGCGAAGCACUGAGAUCCGACUGGCCACCCUGGCCAUCAUCGGCAUAACAAGAGCCGUCACUUACUUUUUCCAGCCAUCUGUGCAAAAGGCCACAACCCUCACAAGCCAGAUUGAUCACUUCUUCUAUACAUUGGAGUGCCUCUUCCCUGUUAUGAUCUUUAUCGAUAUCCUCGCCUCCAAGUUGGCACUCUCUAGCAAUAACAGCAACCACGCUAAUAACAAUCACAACAACCCUGAUAGUUCAUCGUUUCGACUGGCGAACCGGCGACCGUCUCGACACGAAAGACUAUAUUCGUCGGGUGGAAAUGAUCCACCGCCAUUCUCGGUCUGGGACGGAGUUCAAGAUGAUGGGUGUCACCCAGAGGUAGACAGUGUCAAUUCGUCGUCAUCAUCAAAACAGGAAAUACUCGAGAGACAGGUCCAGUGUAUGGAACCAACAACAGAAAGCACUGGUAUUAAGAAGACAGUUGAGAUUAGUAUUCAUCACGGGAACCGAGGUGCUUCGGAGUCGUCCGAGGCGGCCAAACUGCCAGCUUAA